CCCAAGGUUAUUGCAUGCGAUAUCCGAGCACCAUAGCGAUAACCUAUUUUGAAUCGGUAUUGUCCAACCGCAACCGUUACAACUGCAUGGAGCAGCCCUGCAAGAAACUCCUCGCCCGCCGCGUCGAAUUGUGCUCCGAUCUACUUCCGGUGUGUCGAGCAGUGGUUCCCGGCCUCUCCAAGCUCUACGCCAUUGCACUCUUCGAGUAUCUGCUGGCGCUUGUGGAGCUCAUAGAACUACAGUUUGCCGAGAGCGAUCCGGACAAGAAGGAAUAUGUGGCUCAGUUGAAGAUUGGCAGUCAGGUGGCCAAGGAAGCCCUCGAUUUGCUUCGCUUUGAGCCGGAGAACUCAGCCGAGGGAUAUCUCUCCGACCGGAUCUCCAUGGAACUAGAGCGAAUUGAUUCAGAUUUAAUGAAGUAUGGCGGCCGGUAGUUCGCACCAGCGAAAAAUUAAAAAUAACUCGGAACAGCACAGCACUCGAGCAUACUGUCAGUAUGCCAAAGUUAGCCAAAGGGAACGGGAUAGAUAAUAGACCAUGGCUGCAGUCUCCGACGAUUUUGCCAAGAAAUGCGAGCUGAAGCAGAACGAGACGCUGGGCAGAUUUGUGGUAGCCCAAUGCGAUCUCAGCGCUGGAGAAACUCUGCUUCUGGAGCAGCCUAUUGUGGUCCUGCCCCACAUUGGCGACAGACGCUGUUCCAAGUGCUUCAAGCUUACCGCCAACUUCUGCGGGUAGGUCGAGAAUCUCGAUCCCCGAUUCCUCCACCGAUGCUGCACCAUGGCUUAUGUAAUUUUUUUAUUUUUAAGAAAGUGCCGACUCCUCUCCUUGUGUGAGGACUGCGCUGGCCACGAUGAGUGCGACUGCCAGCGACUGAGGGAACUGCAGCUGUCAGACGAGCAAGUGCAGGUACUGCAGGAGAAGGCCAACACAGAGGUGCAGCCGGCUCUUGCAUGUCUGCUGCUGGGGGAACACCAGCAGAGCAGGCCCCUAUUCGAGGAAAUGUCACAGAUAGAGACCCAUGUGGAGGCUAGGCGAGGAACGGAAAUAUGGAAACGCUAUCAGGCAACUGGUGUGGUAAAGCAGCUGCAGAGCGCUUCCGGCAAUGCAGUGGAUGAAAUCCGGGUGCAGAGGCUCUUGGGGAUUCUAGAUGUGAAUGUUUACGAGAUUCGCGCCCCGAAGCAAGGCGGCGCCAUGAGAGGAC